GGCUGAAAGAACUAGCCAAAAGAUGGCCAAAGAACGGUACCUUAAAAAAUCUUUUCAAGACAGUCUUGAAGAAAUAAAGAAACAGAUGAAAGAAAAGAGAAAAAAAAACUUGGCAGAAGUUGGCAAACGAAAGUCUUUCAUAACUGCACCAUGCCAAAUAAGCACUAGUGCUUCUGCGCUUCUGAAAAACUACCAAGACAACAACAGAAUGUUGGUUUUAGCUUUGGAAAAUGAAAAAUACAAAGUAAGAGAAGCCCAAGAUACCAUCCUACAGCUGAGAAAACAGUGUUACUUUCUUACAUAUCAGCUCUUAAAAGAAAGGAUUACUUCCCAGCAAACAGCAGGACUUGAUCAGAACCAAGAAUUAGAUCCCAUUGGAGUGGACUCUGCUGAUGACAACAACUCUGGUGAUUUAUCUGGGAAGGAUUUAAUGCAAAUUCCUCAAGAAGAAGCUCAUCUUUCAGGUAAAAUAGAAUCAUUCCAAGUAGAAGAUGAACUACCAGAAGCUCACCAGUCACCUCAUUGUAGACUGAAGGAUAUUACCAAUGAACGUGACCUCUUGCAGCCUGUAGAACAUAUCAAAGAACCCUCUCUUUCUCCAGAAGAAAGUCCAGUAGUGUGUCUGCCUAAGCGUAGGUGCACAGUCAGAGUAAACUAUAAGGAACCCACAAUCGCUUCGAAGCUGAGAAGAGGAGAUCCUUUUACAGAUUUGUGCUUCUUGAAUUCACCUAUUUUCAAGACGAAAAGAGAUUCCAGGCACCAUUUUAAAAAAAAAAGAAGUAUGCCCCACAUAUGA